CAUAUGAUUGAAUGAAUUGAAUUCAAAUCAAACUGAAUCUGAAAAUGUUGUUAGAUGCUAGGUUUUGAUUAUGGUUUGAUUAAUUAAAAAAAAUUCCAUUUAGUUCCACUCAAACAUGAAAAAAACUGCUUGACUAAUCGUCGUUAUUAAUCAAUCGUUGGUGUAAUUUAGUGAACGGGAGAAUCUUAGUUGUUUUUGUUAGUUUUUACUUUGUUACUUUGUUAAAUUUUGUUCGACAUGGAAACGAGAAUUCAACGUCCUGUAUUUUCGGUCUCGGACGAAAAUGCUCAUGUAGUCGGAUUGGGAAAGAUGAACGCUAAUAAGACUGGUAAAGAUGUUAAACGCGCUGCUCUGGGAGAUAUUGCUAACAAUAGAUUACCCUCCGCUGGUUUGAAUCAAAGUAUUUUACCGAAAUCCAAGUUACCAGUUCUGAAACCCGGAUUUAACCUUACGAAAACUAAAUCUACGACGGUUAGUAAAUCUAAAUUGACAAGUUUGAAAGAAAAUCAAGUUCCUGGGGUGGUCCCGCAAAAAUCCUCCAACUUGAAAACUAUUAUCGAUAAGACUCGUACAUUGAAAAUUCAGCAUAAGAAACCUGUUAUCGAACGACCACCCGGUGUUGAAGAUAUCGAUAAAGAUGAUGCGAAAAAUCCGUUUUUACUUUCAGCCUAUACUAUGGAUAUUUACGAGUAUCUUCGGUCGCUUGAGAGAUCCCAUCCUAUUAAAGAAGAUUACUUGAAAGAUCACAAAGAAAUUACACCUAAGAUGAGAGCAAUUGUUGUAGACUGGUUAGUCGAAGUUCAACUAGAAUACCGCCUUUUGCAAGAAACUCUUCAUAUCACAGUUGGCAUUUUAGAUACAUAUUUGCAGAGUAAUCCUAAAGUUGACAAAAACAAAAUGCAAUUGAUCGGCAUCGCUGCUCUAUUUCUGGCCACAAAAUACGAAGAAAUCACAGUUCCUAGCGCAGACGAAUUAGUGUAUAUUUCGGCAUCGGCAUUCAAAGAACGAGAUCUUUAUUUAAUGGAGAUGGAAAUGUUUAAAAAGAUCGGUUUCGAUAUUAGCCGACCGAUAUCUUUAAAUUUCCUUCGACGAUUCAGUAAAGCAGCAUUUGCACACGCCGAACAUCACACCUACGCUAAGUAUUUCUUGGAGUUGGCGCUGAUCGAAUACAAAUUAUGUCACAUUCAUCCAUCGUUGGUUGCCGCAGCUGCUUUGUAUUUAGCAUUAUUCGUGAAAAGUACUGCUGAAGAGAUUGACGAAUCCUUGUGGACAAAAACAUUGGAAUAUUAUUCGGGAUAUAAAAUGGAUGAUAUUAAACCGAUUCUUUUGGUGUUGGCCAAGACUGUUUAUAACGCCAGAACGAGUAAAUUACAGUCUGUCGUUCAAAAAUACGCGACUUCGAAAUUAUUUAAAGUGAGUAUGCACGCGGAAUUAUAUAGCGAUCGUAUGAAGAAAUUGGCUUCUCAGUGAUUUGGGCUAUUUAUGAAUUAUGUGUUCGUGUAUUUUUCUUUUUUUUAAUAUUAAUGUAGAAUUUAACGUUCGCAUAUCAUUUAUAUUAACAAUUUUAUGCGUCAAACUUGCAAAUCAAGUAUUAUAUUUUUAAUGAGAUUAUUUUUAUGUCAUUUUAAUUCGCAACAAUCGUUGAUUUAUGUCACUAUUCGCUCUCUGAAAAUGUAUCAUGUUUAAAAUAUGAAAUUUCUUGUAAAGUACUCUUAUAUAGUAUGCUUGUAUGCACUGCUCAAUUUCUGGUAAAUUGUUGGGUGUAUAUAUUUCUGCCUCUGAAAUAAUACUCUCGUGUGAGUUUUUCGUAUUUUUACGCUUUUUUAAAUGGAUUAUAAUACUUAAAUUUUCCAACCACCUUUUUAUCUUACUCUUCCUCUCUUUCUUUGUAAAUAAUUUUAAUAGCAUGAUUUUAAUAAAUUGAUGAUUGUUAAUGGACUGUGUCAAAUAUAUUCCAAUUCAAUGUCA